CAGUAUUGGCUACUUGGCUUUCAGAUCUACUGCCACCUUCGCAAGUUGACCUAGAUAUCUAGCGCUCUAAAAGAAAUAAAAAAAGUGUGUGAAGUUAAAAGAACGUUUUCUCAGCCAUAUUCCAUUCGUUGAGAAAUGUUAUUGUGUUCAUUCAUGACCAACACAAGUGUGUUGAUGAUCUGAACAUAGUAGCCAACAUCAUCGAAAAAGAACUUAAGAACUUUGAUGUAGGUAUUUGUGUUUGUGUGUGAAGACAACAAUUGAUCCAAUUAACAGCCGGAGACUUGUCUCAUGGCUUCCUUCUCACAUCAUGUUGUCUUGGUGGCUAGUGUCACUUUUUCUGAUUGGCAUAUUUCUGCGUCCAUUGCACAGUCAUGACAACCUGUCAGCCCAUUGUGAAGACCAGGGUCGCAAUUCAUUCUUAUGGACUAUCCAGCGAUCACCUCCAGCUUAUUUGUUUGGUACUAUACAUGUACCAUAUAAUAAAGUUUGGCAGUAUAUUCCUGAAAACAGCAAAGUGGCUUUUAAUGAAAGUGACAGUGCCAUUUUUGAGUUAGAUUUAACAAACCCUAGGACAAUGAAAGCUCUGGCAGAUUGUCAAAUGUUACCUGAAGGUGAGAGCUUGUCGGAUAUACUUCCAAGUGAGCUGCUGUCAAGACUUGAGCAUCAUUUUCACUUUAUCAAAUCUAUUUUACCAUAUUGGAUUAGCGAAGACCAAAAAAAGAAGGGACUUAACUCUGAUUACAUCUUUAAUACAAUUGCAGGUAAUUGGCACAAAAAACGACCAGUGUGGAUAAUGCUUUUGGUCAAUGCACUAACUAAAACAGAAGUGCAGUCAAGAGAAAUACCUGUUCUUGACUUAUUUCUUGCCCAGCAAGCAGAGAAAGAUGGCAAGAUGACCGGAGCAGUUGAGAAAGUUGAAGAGCAGUGUGUACCGCUCAACCAACUCAAUCUGUCACAAGUUGUAUUUGCUUUGAACCAGAUCUUAAAUAAACAGGAACAGAUGAGAGCGCAGGCGCGCCCACUAUUAAGUAGAGAAACUUUAGUGAUGCAUUACACUUGUGGCAACUUGGAUUCCUUGAUCUUUAACAGAGACUCAACACAAGUGCCUGCUUUAUUAAGUUCACCUGUAGCUCCAUCAGACGUUGAACAGGCUCGACUCAUAGAGGAAUAUUUUCAACAUGAAUUAAUCGAUAAGAGAAAUGCUCGAAUGGCUCAAAGAGUUAGCUACCUUCUAAAUCAGUAUCCACAUACAAGUUUCUUCUUUGCCUUUGGAGCAGGUCAUUUUGUUGGUAAUCAAACUGUGAUAGACCGACUGGGUCAAUUAGGCUAUAAUGUGAUACAUACCAAGCCUGACCAAAACAUUACCAGACUUAUGAGAAAUACAAGUAAAAAAAGACCAAAGAAUAUUAGAGAGAGGAAACGACAGGAGAGGCUUAAUCAGAUUUGGGAAAAGCUCAUUAUAGAUAGGUCAAGAUACCUUCAACGAACAAGCAAUCCUGAUUUAACAGACAAACAAUUCCAGCAUAAGUCAAACUCAGCUCAGCAAGGAACAAGUAGUUUAAUGAUCAAUCUUCCAGUACUUGUUUUUUUACUAGGAAUAUUAAAUCUUGUUGCAUGAAGAUCACA